AUGACAUCGGAAUUUUUGAACACGUCCGAAGCUAUAUUUCGCGUACUGAGGGAUUCAAAAGUUUCAUAUCCCAAAAAGAUUAUUGUUGCCACUCGUGUGUGGAAUUCAACUGAUAUAUGCUUUCUAAAUAAAGUAGGAUUCUUGUCAGAGUGGGUUUGUUCAACUUUGAUUAAAUCAACUGGAUUUCCCGAAGCACGGCUUGGGGAAACCCCACAUUUGAAUUUAAGUUAUUGGAAAUUGUUUAAAGAAGUAUUGGAAAAAACUAACGAUUCUUCUAUACCGUCACCUAUAUACAAAUUACCUUUGAUUCCUAUAUUUUCCAGCGUAGUUGAUUAUAUAUCAUCAUUGGAUCCAAUAAAUAAUUACGACACAGAUGAUCUGAUUGAGCAUUUGCUGGAAACAGUUGAUGCCUGUUUUCACAAACUUACAACAGAAAAGUCUACAAUUUUCAGGCCGCCAAUAGAUCAAUUAGUCACAUUAGCUUUAAAUGCUUGCAAUUUUAUCAUAAUUAUCGAGAAUAGGCAAUCUAGAAUCGUUUUUCUGAGAUUUGGGUUGUUUUCGAAAAUUAUUUCAUUUUUGGAAUGCAACCUGAUAAAAAGUUCGAAUCCAAAGAGGGCAUACAACGUACUUAUCGGAAAAAUGUUUGGUAAACUCCUUCAUGUCCGUUCCUUUGUAUUUCACUUCAAAUCAUCAGAGAGACAAGAAAGCAAUAGCUAUGCUAUAUUUAGUAAUAUUAUAAAGACGAUUGACAACAUUUUUCGACAUGGACUUUUUCAACAAGAUCAUAUAAUAGAGUAUGUUGCAGCAGAAUCAAACCAAGAUAUAUCUGAUAAAAGAAAUGAUGGAAAAGGCUUAAUUAAUCAUCAUGAUCAGUUAUUCGAUAAAUGUCGUGAGAUUAUAAAUUCUACCGAUGAUAAAAGGCAAUCUCAACUAAGUGUUUUGGAAGUUAUUCCUUAUUGGUAUGGAUUCUUUGUUGAAGAAUUACGCAAACACUUAGAACAUAUGCGUGGUGUUGCACCAGGCGAAUCGGUUAAA